AUGGACAAAAGUUGGGCCACUUUGAAUCCGUUUACAGAGGAUUACAGAACAGGGCUAGCAAAAUUUAUCUCAAACUCAUUCCAAGUUUCUUCUCAUGAUGACAACAUCAAAUGUUCAUGUGCUAAAUACUUGAAUAGGUUAUGGUUGAGUAACAAUGAAGUUGAAGCACAUCUAACUGUUGAAGGUAUGGACCGUUCAUACUUGGAAGGCUCAUGGGUAUUGCAUGGGGAGACAUUUGGUAACCCUCUUCCAAAUAGCCAAGAUGCACAACAAAUUGCUAUUGUUAAUAUUCCUCAUUGUGAACUAGGCCCCUCGCUUGAAGAUAUUUUCUCGGGUCCCAGUGUAAUGGGUGGCAGGCCUAUUAGUAAUCACAGUGGUCAAGAAGCUCUAAUACCUACAUAUGCAUGUAAGUUUGAAGUGAUGGUGCAAGACGCCAACAUGAAAUUAUAUCCGGGUUGUGGUAUGAAGAAAAUGGAUUUCCUAAUACGAGUAUUUCAAAACAAGUGCUUAUAUGGGUGCAGUGAAAGUGCAGUGCAAGCUAAUCUUCAGCUUUUGAAACAUAUACUCCCAAAUGGUCAUUCUUUACCGAAGGUGAAAAGUAAAAAGGGAUUGCUGAAAAAUUUCAUGUUGCCUCACCAAAAGAUCCAUGCAUGUGAAAAUGAUUGCAUGCUGUAUUGGAAACAUAACAGUGGUUUAAAUGUUUGUCAUACGUGUGGUGUGUCCAAAUAUACAACCGAGGUAGAUGACACAGUGCGAAACAGUAAAAAGAGAAUACCUCGGAAGGUGUUAACAUAUUUUCCUAUUACACCUCGCUUGCAAAGGCUUUACAUGUCUCGUCACACUAGUAAAGACAUGUGUCGGCUUGGUUUUUCUCGCCCCGAGGAUGGCUUCUUAAGACAUCCAGCUGAUUCCUUUGCAUGGAAGCAAUUAGAUAUGAAAUUUCCAACAUUUGGUGGCAAAAUACGCAAUGUACGUCUUGGGUUGGCAAGUGAUGGAUUCAACCCUUUUGGAAAAUGUAGCACCGACUAUAGCACCUGGCCAAUAUUGUUGACUAUAUACAAUUUACCACCUUGGUGGUGUAUGAAAUCACCGUUCAUAUUGAUGGCUUUGUUAAUACCGGGAAAAGAAUCUCCAGGAAAUGAUAAUGAUAUAUACCUUGAACCAUUAAUAGACGAGCUGAAGGUAUUGUGGACCUCAGGGGUUCCCACUUAUGAUACGUUUAGGCAAUAG